UGUGUCUCUGCCUCUCUCCCUCACCAGUGUCAUUUUGAAGUCUGAACUCCAUGCGGCUUCUACACCGGCACGUUUAAGAGAGGAACAGGGAUAAAGGUGGUGGUGGAGAGAGAGACAGAGAAAAGAAGAAAAAAGAAAAGAGAGAGACAAAAACAGCGCUACAUACUAACCACAUGGACAGGACAUUUAGUACCCUGGACGUGAGAUGAGAGGCGCGGACUUGAAUUAGAAGAAACAGACGCUGUUAGAAAUCUACCGAGUGAAAUUUCAGCGGGUCACCGGCCGUUUCGGGGAAAGGAGAAAGAGAAGAGGAGCACAGUGAAAUUGUUAACCGUGUGAUGCCCACACGCAGAUAUGACCACUGAUCAGGAUUUGCCAAUGGAUGCCCAGACAGCCACAGCUGUGUUUGCUGCAAAGGGCAUUGAUGUAACACCCAGUAGAGACCAAGGAGUUAUCAAGGUCGUAAAGCACCCGGGAUUAGAGGGAGAACGACCAAUGAUUGGGGACAGGGUGACUGUCCACUACACUGGAAAGCUGCUCACGGGAAAGAAGUUUGACUGCAGUCGAGAUCGAAAAGAACCUUUCAGCUUCAAUGUGGGCAAGGGACAAGUCCUGAAGGCAUGGGAUAUCGGUGUGUUGUCCAUGCAGAAAGGUGAAGUGAGCACGUUGCUGUGUAAACCAGAGUAUGCGUAUGGACCUGCUGGGAACCCUGACAAAAUUCCUCCCAGCUCCCCGGUAGUGUUUGAGAUGGAGCUAAUCAAGUUCGAAGGAGAGAUGCUUACAGAUGACGGCGGCAUCAUAAGAAGAAUAAAGGUCAAAGGGGACGGUUACACUAAUCCCAACGACGGAGCAAGUGUUGACGUGCACCUGGAGGGGAGCUGUGGUGGUCGACUGUUUGACUGCAGGGAUGUCACCUUUAUUGUUGGUGAGGCUGAAGAUAAAAGUGUUCCUCUGGGAGUGGACCGAGCCAUGGACAAGAUGCAGAGAGGAGAGUGCUGUGUACUUUACUUAAAACCAAAGUAUGGCUUUGGAAGCGAAGGUAAACUGGAGUACAAAAUUGGACCAGACAAAGACAUUGUAUACGAAGUUACCCUCAAAGACUUUGAAAGGGCUAAAGAAUCCUGGGAAAUGGACUUGAAUGACAAGCUGGAUUUGGCUGCUGGAGUAAAGCAUAAAGGGAAUCAGUAUUUUAAGGCAGGGCGGUACUUCCAGGCGGUCAUCCAGUACCAGCGCAUUGUUUCCUGGCUAGAGAUUGAGUGUGGUACUGGGUUAGAGCAGCAGAAGAAGAUACAAGACUUUAUUUUGACGGCCCACCUUAAUUUAGCUUUGUGUUUCCUGCGGUUAAAAGAGUUCUCACAAGUAGUGGAGAACUGCAACAAGGUGAUUGAGAUCGAUGAGACAAACGAGAAGGCUUUGUAUCGUCGUGGAGAAGCUCGUCUCCUCCGCAACGAGUUCAGCCUUGCCAUGGCAGACUUUCAGCAAGUGCUUCAAGUCAGCCCCUCAAAUCGAGCAGCUCGUGCUCAGAUUUCCAUCUGCCAGAGCAAGAUUAAGGAACAUCAUGAACAGGACAAGAGGACCUAUGCCAACAUGUUCCAGAAAUUUGCUGAACGGGACGCCAAGAUUGGGAAGUCUAAGAGGAGGCGGGAUGAGAGCGUGAGGAGCAGCGUUAAUGGUGAAGUGGGCAUUAAGCGACGGCGGAGGAGUCAGGACUGUCCAUCGUAACAGUGACAUUUGAAAGGGAGAAGAAGAAAGACAUGCCUCCCUUUGCUUUCCAAACCCAGGGAGCAGAGGCAGGAAUGAAGUCGUAUGAAAGCCUCUAAUCCAAACCUCUUUAUCCCAAAAUCCAGCGUCACCAUUCCUGCAUAUAAAACAGAGUGUAAGCAGGGACAUUUGAAAGCCAAACAGCAUUUCCCCUGUCACAUGGACGGUGCAACUGCCAGGACAUACCUCCCAAAGGAUUUAGCACUGCAGAAUCAGUGAGUUAAGAUUUGGUGAACACGUCUAGCCCCAAAAUAUAUAGUUUCUUCAAAAACUCAGAAGAAUUCCACUUUCUUUGUCAGUAGGCUACUGUUUAGAGUUGAGAUGUGCCUCCACAGUUUGUUUCCAAUUUCAGUACUGCACUCAUUGGUUUUCAGACCUCAGACUUGUAUUUGGUAUUAAGCCUUUUGUUGGGCAGCUGCAUGCAUGUGUCACAAGGUGUUUGGAUUCAGGCUUGAAACUUUGCUAUUUUUUGAAAUGUGCAAUAUGUACUUCAGACGAAAGAUGUAAAAAGUCCUGUUAACUUAGUUGUAUUUUAAAGAAGAACACAAUCGAUGCUAAAGAGUAAGACAAGUAAAUUGCCCUAAACUUAGCCUUGUUUUAAAACGAAUAACUGUGGCGUAGACACUUACACAAGCUUGAAUUCAUUUAAUGCUGGGAAAUACACAAAGGUUAAAAUACUACAAAUCAAGGACUCACAAAAACUAAAUUCUCCUCCUGACAUGAACCUUCAGAUCCUCAAGUCUCCACUCAGCAGACACCAGGAGCUGAGAGAAGAAUCUGAAAAAAAAGCACAAACUACAAAUACUAAAUUAUACCAAAAUAUAAAUAUGUAAUUCCUUGCAUUCUGGCAAAUUCACAGUUUACAAUAUUUGCUUAGCUACUACCUAUAAAGGCAAAUCAAUACAUCUUUCUUUUUUUUCAAAGCCUAAAACAGAAGAAAAAUGAUUUACAGAAAUCCAAUUCAAAUUUAUCAGUUUGUUUUGGGUAAGGAUGAUGCAUUGUUUUCCUGAGAUUGGUCAAAAAAAUUAUUAUUGGUUCAUGAAUGCAUGCAUCCAUUAGUCAUUUGUUGAAAUCUUAUAUUUUAUCCAUGAGAAAACUUCAGGCAGUACAAACAGUUUUAAUGAAGGGACCAGUCUGGUAUUGUAGAUGAUCAAGUAAAACAACUGAUGAUAGGCGUCUAUGGGAGUGAGGGCAGAUAAAAACAUAAUUUUUAUGGACUGAUUACGUUAAGCUGGUGGCAGCUGCAAAAGCCUUUAAUUAAAAAAAAGAAAAAAUAGAACUGGUAUACUCUCUCUCUCUCUCUCUCUCUCUCUCUAUCUCUCUCUCUCUCCCUAUAUAUAUAUAUAUAUAUAAUUUCUGCUCCUGAACUUUAGUGAUUGAUGACUCAAAGUUUCUUUUUCUGUUGCAUUCACUGAUUGUUGAUCUUUCAGCUAACAGCAUGGCACAAUCAGGAGCGCAUGUAAAAUUUUUAUUCAGCAGGUGAAUACAUGCAGCAUUACUUGUACUUCUGUCAAAAGUCCUCAUAAUUAUGAUUCAGCCUCCCCAUGGGCGAAGGCAUUUGAUGAUAAAAUCACCCCAUUUACGCUUUUGCAUUUAACAGGGCUGACACACUAACACUGACCCUGUGCGUGGGAGAGGAACACGCAAACUGCAAUUAAGCUUUAAAAUCAUCCAAACCACAAUUUUCUUUCAAUCUUUUUCAUGAUUUUUUUUUAACUCUGGUCAUGUGAUCAACUACGUAAUUUUACACCUGUGUAGUUCUUUUUGCCUCAGUCCCAGAAAAGGUGUCUCUUUAUUUCACUGCAUCUUUUUUUUUUUCUUUAUUAUUUUUAAAUGUGUGAAUGUCAAUGGAUAGUGGACAAUGAUGCACUUUGGUGACUGUCAAACCAACACUGUUAUCUUUUAAUGAAAUGUCUGGAUAAAAUCUGGACAAUAAUCUUGAUUUGUUUUAUAAACAUUGGUUGGUUCAGAAUGAAAACCUUAGCUGUCUUAAAUAUUUUGUGUAAAAAAAUCAACAGUGUGUACGUGUGUUAAUAUAUAUUGUGUGUUAGCAAGGUUUUUAAACAGCUUGUUGCUAAAUGUUUUCAAGUACUGCUGGCUCUGAACAUUCAAACAUUUUGUACAGUGGAAACGAGCAUGAAGUACUCUUUUUUUCUAGCAACUAUACAGACUAUUUAUCCCUUACUGUCAACUACAGAUACAUUCACAGGCCUCUUACUGCUACAUUCAUCAUUUUGAUAACUUGAAAGUGUAAAUAUCAAGAAUUACCUGGGAUAUUUUGACAACAACAAGCAGGAUAAAAUGCAGCUGGUGAAACUGCCGCACAACUGGUGUGAGUUUGGUUUUCUUAGAAGGUGAAGUGUUAUGUCAUACAAAAUGUUUACAUGUAUUCAAAAGAUCAUCGCCCAGUAAAGCAAAGUGUGAUCGAUGUUUUAAACCGGCAUUUAUGCAAAAGAAAUAUUUUCAGACAAAAAAACUAAGUAAGGUACCUUUGUUCAUGUCUUCUUUAUAUAUUUUUUUAUUUUUUUGCACUUUAAAAGCAUUAAAUAAAUCCAAGAGUUGCA